AUGGUCAUAUACAGGACAGACUCCGACUAUGUGGGCAGCGUAGCAGAGAGCAUCAGGAAGAAUUUUUCCAAAGAGGUGCAGUCCGGGCUGUUGGAGGUCAUUUCUCCUUCUCAGUAUUACUACCCCGACUUCUCGGGCCUCAGAGAGACCUUAGGAGACUCCAAGGACCGAGUCAAAUGGCGAACAAAGCAGAAUCUGGACUUCAGCUUCCUCAUGCUCUAUGCUCAGGACAAAGGAACCUAUUAUGUUCAGUUAGAGGACGAUGUUGUUGCAAAGGCAGGCUACUUCAACACCAUGAAGACCUAUGCUAACCAACGCUCUGAGGAAUGGCUCUACCUGGAGUUCUCCCAGCUGGGGUUUAUAGGAAAGAUGUUUCAGAGCCAUGACCUCCCGAUGAUUGCAGAGUUCUUCCUGAUGUUCCACAGAGACAAACCCAUCGACUGGCUGCUGGAUCACAUCCUGUGGGUCAAAGUGUGCAACCCGGAAAAAGACGCAAAAGACUGUGAUAAACAGAAGGCGCAGCUCCGGCACAGAUAUAAGCCGUCCCUCUUCCAGCACGUGGGCCUUCACUCGUCUCUGCCGGGGAAGUUACAGCAGCUGAAGGAUAAGGACUUUGGCCAGCAGUCUUUGUUCCAGGCCCACAAUAACCCGGAUGCAGAGCUGAGCAGCAGCCUGAAUCAUUACCAAGCACACAGCCUGGAGCGGGCCUACAGAGGACAGGACUUCUUCUGGGCACUGACACCCAGCCAGGGGGACUACAUCCUCUUCAACUUCACCCAGCCAAUCCACAUUUCCAGGUACCUGUUUCGCAGCGGAAACAUCGAGACCAGCGGAGACAAAUUCACCAACACCACAGUGGAAGUGCUGCCCAGCGACGUGUCCGCACGAGACAGACUAGUGGUUGGUUCGUAUUCUUCCGACAAAGCAUCUGAUAAGCACUUCAUCACAAUCGGUGCGUUUGAGAACGGGGUUGCUGAGGGAGAAAUUGAGGAAGUGCUGCAGCCGAUAUCAGCGCUCCGCCUGCUGGUUCACUCUGACGCUGACGUCUGGGCUCUGCUCAGUGAGAUACACAUAGCAGUGACAGAUUCGAGAGGUUGUAAUCGUUGA